CAACGAUAUAUUUACCAUCAUGUCUGCCAACACCGACCUCCCGGAUAACACUAAAGGAUAUACCCAGAAAAGACUAAAUACAGUCCGAAUACACAAAGACAGAGGGCAUUAUGAUUAUGCGACUGUACACUCUAUCACCAACUUAACCCUGGUAUCACAUGUUGCUUUCAACGUCAAGGAUGAAGAAGGGGAUGGAGAAGAUACUCCUAUCAACCUACCCCUGACCUGCGUGUUGGGCAGUUAUAAUCCAGAAAUCGACUAUGAGAACAUCAGCGAUGCACAGCUACACUCUGAACACCAAAAGUCUAUGCGUACCGGCUCAGUUGAAGCUUAUCUACAUGGUAACGCAGGGUCGAUGUUAUACAAAGCAAUCAAGGCAAGUGAACAUCGCAGUGUCAAGGUCUGCAUCACUUCAACAAAGGUGGACGGUGUCGUUCUUGUUCUUACACCUAAUGGCCACUCACUAAACUAUCGCUCGGCUGUCAUUCAUGGAACUGCGUCUAUUGUUCCUCCAGAACAAGUUGCAAAAAGACGCUGGGCAAUGCGGCUUUUGACAAAUCACAUGUCUCCAGGGAGAUGGGAAGCCACAUACCCAGUGGCUGAGUCGGCCAUGAAAUAUGUACAGGUGAUUGAAGUUCAAAUUCGGACUGCUAGUGCGAAGAUUCGAGCUUCAAAUAUCGGCGGUUUUGACCCUGCUGUUGCGUUAGGUCAGUCACCUGGCUGGCAGCAUAAAGAUAUUUGGUCUGGGAUCAUCCCCCUUUAUGAAGUGCUGGGAAGUCCCAUUUCUAGCGGUGUGAUGGGAGCGCAAGGAGAGAGUGAAGAUGCAUUGAAACAGGUAGAAGAUUGGCUUUCUCGCCAGAACGAGGAUUCUAAAAGCUAUGCGGAGGCAGCUGCGGCUGUUUCCUCUGUCGAGAGAGAUCUUAGACAUCAAAUACAGAAAUGGCAAGCAAGUCACAGGCAAUAG